AUAUGGAAAUAAAAAAUGGGAAGUGGCAACUUUAAAGAAGUAAAACGUAAUUACAGGCGUCAGUAAGCGUACAGCAGUAAGUACAGGAGGUGAAUCAUUAGAGGCGUAAUCAUCGUAUUUGGUUCAUUUCAUGUUGAUUUGAACAUCUGUGACUAUAAAGGAGUCUCGUGUGUGUGACCUCUGACCUGGAAGGUAAACACUGCGGGUACGGACGUGUCGGGGUGGAAAACGGGGCGGCUGAGGCCGGUUUCAGGUCAGCAGUUUCAGUUUGCUCUCGCUCUGUUUGCCUUUUUUUCCUGCUCAGAAAUGUGGAUGACGCCUCUGUCAGCAGAUGCCCCGCCUCCUUUUUUUCAGUUUUUUUUUUUUUUUUUCUUGCUGUGUUUGCAGACUUCCAGGCUGGCUGCUUGCUCAGUGAAGCAACAGCUCUGCUAUAAAUACUUGAAUCGUAUCCGAGGCUCUGCUGGCAGCUCGCUGUCUGGAUUCACUUACUGUCCCGGGGACACUCGCACAUCCACGCUGUGUUCGAGCUGCAGACGUACAGACCUGGUGGAUUUGAUUUUCACAGCUCUGUGGGACACUUCCACCACAGUUUUUCUCUCGUGUGGCAGGAUUUCUUUGACCCUGAGGAGUCUGUGUUUUUGGACUGAGCAGCUAUGGGAGACUUCUGGGGAGACAUUGCCAGUCAGAGGGUGGCCCGGGCCAUGUCUCUGGGGAACGAUGAGGAGGCCGUGCUGGACCAGGGCAAGACCAGCUCCACCCUUUACACCAACUUUGAGAAAGAGGAACUGGAGAGUCACAGGGCGGUGUACGUUGGUGUGCACGUUCCGCUGGGCCGCCAGAGCCGGAGAAGACACCGUCACCGCGGACAUCGACAUCACAGGAAGCGCAGAGAGCGCUCGGAUCGGGAGGACGGGCGAGAGUCGCCGUCAUACGACACGCCGUCUCAGAGGGUCCAGUUCAUCCUCGGCACCGAGGACGACGACGAGGAGCACAUCCCCCACGACCUGUUCACCGAGCUGGAUGAGCUCGCCUUCAAAGACGGAGACAUGCAGGAGUGGAAGGAGACGGCCAGGUGGCUGAAGUUUGAGGAGGACGUUGAGGACGGCGGCGAGCGCUGGAGCAAACCCUACGUGGCGACGCUGUCACUGCACAGCCUGUUCGAGCUGCGCUCCUGCAUCCUGAACGGCACCGUGCUGCUCGACAUGAGAGCCGGCUCCAUCGAGGAGAUCGCAGACAUGGUGAUUGACAGCAUGCUGGCGUCCGGUCAGCUGGAGGAGGGCGCGCAGGAGAAGGUGAGGGAGGCCAUGCUGAGGCGCCACCACCAUCAGAAUGAGAAGAAGCUGAGCAACCGCAUCCCGCUGGUCCGAUCCUUUGCCGACAUAGGGGAGGGUCUGUCCUCCUCUCGUCUCUCUCUCCUCCGUCGUUGCUCCAUGGGCUCCUUCGACCUCUCCACCCUACCCCCCUCUGCGAGGACCCCAGGCCCGUUCGGGCACCUCCUCCCCGGCUCCGCCUCCUCGUCACAGACCGACCUCUCUCUGUAUCGUUACGGCCGUCACCUCUCCGAACCCAGCCAGCCUCACGGACUCGCCCUUCCCGUCCCCGGUGGCUCUCCACGCCGCUCCUCUGCUCCCGUGGGGCUCCCCAAGGUGGUGGUGCACCCCCCAGAAGAGGAGGAGGAGGAGGUGUUCCACCUGGGAGAUGAAGACGACGUGGUUCCCCAAACAGGUCUGCUGGCGUCGCCUCAGUCGGCCCCCGGAAACCUCGACGACAACAAAAACGCCGAGAGUCGCGGCAACGGCGGCAGCGGCAGCCGGGAGAACAGCACGGUGGACUUCAGCAAGGACUGCGACUGCGUUUGUUUGCUGCCAGCGGCCAGCAGGAAGCCCGCAGUGGACAUGAACUUCAUGAAGAAGAUUCCUCACGGAGCCGAGGCCUCCAACGUCCUGGUGGGUGAAGUGGACUUCCUGGAGCGGCCCAUCAUCGCCUUCGUCCGGCUCUGCCCCGCCGUGCUGCUGACCGGCCUCACCGAAGUCCCGGUGCCCACCAGGUUUCUCUUCCUGCUGCUCGGUCCGUUUGGAAAAGGUCCGCAGUACCACGAGAUCGGGCGCUCCAUCGCCACACUGAUGACAGACGAGGUUUUCCACGACGUGGCGUACAAGGCGAGGGACCGCAACGACCUGCUGUCGGGGAUCGACGAGUUCCUGGAUCAGGUCACCGUGCUGCCGCCGGGAGAAUGGGACCCCAGCAUCCGCAUCGAGCCCCCGAAGAGCGUCCCGUCUCAGGAGAAGAGAAAGAUAGCGUCCUUCCCCAAUGGCUCCGCCCACAGCUCUGAGAUGGGCAAGGAGGCGGAGCAUCACGCGGGACCAGAGCUGCAGAGGACGGGGAGGAUUUUUGGCGGUUUGGUGAACGACGUUCGGAGGAAGGCGCCGUUCUACUGGAGCGACAUCAGAGACGCCGUGAGCCUGCAGUGCCUGGCCUCCAUCCUCUUCCUGUACUGCGCCUGCAUGUCGCCCGUCAUCACCUUCGGAGGUCUGCUCGGGGAGGCCACCAAAGGGAGCAUAAGUGCCAUUGAGUCGCUGUUUGGCGCGUCUCUGACGGGCGUGGCCUACUCUCUGUUCGCCGGGCAGCCUCUCACCAUCCUGGGCAGCACGGGCCCGGUUCUGGUCUUUGAGAAGAUCCUCUUCAAGUUCUGCAGUCAGUACCAUCUGUCCUACCUGCACCUGAGGACCAGCAUCGGACUCUGGACCGCCUUCCUGUGCCUGCUGCUGGUCGCCACGGACGCCAGCUCUCUGGUCUGCUACAUCACCCGCUUCACAGAGGAGGCCUUCGCCGCGCUCAUCUGCAUCAUCUUCAUCUACGAGGCGCUGGAGAAGCUGGUCCGCCUCGGGGAGCUCUACCCCAUCAACAUGCACAACCAGCUGGACAACCUGACCUUCUACAGAUGUCAGUGUGCUCCACCCGCCAACGCCUCGGCCGAAGUCCUGGGUGUGUGGAGCAAAAAGAACGUGACCCCAGAAAACAUCACCUGGGAUCAGCUGAGCUCGAAGACGUGCAAGGCACUCAUGGGGGAGCUGGUCGGCCCGGCGUGCAGCCACAGCGGUCCCUACGUCCCCGACGUCCUCUUCUGGUCCAUCAUCCUCUUCUUCACCACCUUCUUCCUCUCCUCCUUCCUCAAGCAGUUCAAGACUAAGAGCUACUUCCCCACCAAGGUUCGAUCGACCAUCAGCGACUUCGCCGUCUUCCUCACCAUCAUGAUCAUGGUGCUGGUGGAUUAUCUGGUGGGAGUUCCUUCACCCAAACUCAACGUGCCCGACCGCUUCAAGCCCACGUCUGAAAAUCGGGGGUGGCUGAUUUCCCCGCUGGGCCCGAACCCGUGGUGGACGCUGCUGGCCGCCGCCGUCCCCGCGCUGCUCUGCACCAUCCUCAUCUUCAUGGACCAGCAGAUCACCGCCGUCAUCAUCAACAGGAAGGAAAACAAGCUGAAGAAAGGGUGUGGCUAUCAUCUGGACCUGCUGGUGGUGGCGGUGAUGCUGGGCGUGUGCUCCAUCAUGGGCCUGCCGUGGUUCGUGGCGGCGACGGUGCUCUCAAUCUCCCAUGUCAACAGCCUGAAGCUGGAGUCGGAGUGCGCGGCGCCCGGCGAGCAGCCCAAGUUCCUCGGCAUCAGAGAGCAGCGCGUGACCGGCUUCAUGAUCUUCUUCCUGAUGGGCUGCUCCGUGUUCAUGACCUCCGUCCUGAAGUUCAUCCCGAUGCCCGUCCUGUACGGCGUGUUCCUCUACAUGGGCGUGUCCUCGCUCAAAGGCAUCCAGCUCUUUGACCGCAUCAAACUGUUCGGCAUGCCGGCCAAACACCAGCCCGACCUGAUCUACCUGCGCUACGUGCCGCUGUGGAAGGUGCACGUCUUCACCGUGGUGCAGCUGUCCUGCCUCAUCGCGCUGUGGGCCAUCAAAGCCUCGCCCGCCGCCGUCAUUUUCCCCAUGAUGGUUCUCGCUCUGGUUUUCAUCCGGAAGCUUCUGGAUUUCUGCUUCACCAAGAGAGAGCUGAGCUGGCUGGACGACCUGAUCCCUGAGAGCAAGAAGAAGAAGGAGGACGACAAGAAGAAGGAGAAGGAGGACGCUCGGCGGAUGCUGGAGGAGGUGGAGGAGGAGCUGCCGUACGACAGAGGAGGAGUCCUCAAUUUCCCCAUCAAAAACCUGAAAAAGCGCAGCGACCCGUCAGAGGUGAACAUCUCUGAUGAAAUGGCCAAAAGCGGCAUCUGGAAGUCUGUUUCCAAAAACUCCGACAGCAGCAAAGCUCUGAGGCGCACCUUCAGCCACGACAAGCUGCCGAGCGUCCGGAUAAACGUGGAGAACGAGGACGGGCAAAGAGUCGUGAACGCCGAGACGUCGCUAUGAUCCACCGCCCGGGGCAGGAGGGUGAGGCGGGGGCGCUGCAGCUCCUCCGCGUGCUCUGAGGGAGGCGAAAGGUCACGGGGGGACCAAUCGGGCUUCACCUGAGCGUGCCGUACUUCUGACUCUGCGUUGUCUCGGACGAGGCGAACGUUUUAUUUUCUCAUCGUUUUAAGGUGAAACAUGAGACUCCACUUCUGGAAACGGCUUCCGCAGGUUUCUUCUGCUGCCGUUUUUGUGUUUUUAACUCGGGCGGCCUGUGAUUGGCUGAAAAAGAAAGGAGGAAAAAAAACAGCCGCCUGAGUCUCCGGACGGAUGUCGUCAGAAAUUUUAAUUUCAUGGUUUGAACUUUUGUUUCAGUGUUCGUGAAACGGGCGAAGCGCCGACACGUUUUAAUUUAACCCAUCAUGCUGAUUUAGGGUGUGUGUGUGUGUGUGUGUGCGUGUGUGUGUGCGUGUGUGUGUGUGUGCGUGUGUGUGUGCGUGUGUGUGUGUGUGUGUGCGUGUGUGUGUGCGUGCGCGUGUGUGCGUGCGCGGUCUCUGUACAGCACCUGGUUGCCUACAGCAGAAAAAUGAAUGACGUCACAGCUGCUGUUGUCGUAGUUUCUUUGUAAAGUUUAAUAAAUCAGUUUGGUGGCGACGAUCACAGCGAGUCACGUGACCUCUCUAGUCGUCUCCAUCAUUUCAGGAGUCGCUGCUGAUCUCUGAUGGAUUUAUUUCAACAAUUUGACAAUAAAGAGAUUUGAUGCAAAA